CUUUCGUGGUGAGCGGACGUGUUUUUGUUUUUUUUUGUUCCGUAACCCGUUACCCGGUUGCGCCCGUUGGAUUUGUUGUGUUAUUUCCUUGCCUCAAAAGUACUCGUAGUUCGACUUGAGUACACCGCUUAGUGUGCGCGUCGUAGAUUGUAUUUAUUGUGUUGUGACUGCUCGCUUUUCUUUGCAGUUGUUGUUGUUUUGGUAAUUGCCAUCACACACACACGCACACACACACACACACACACCUAAGACCGAGAGACAGUUGAAGAGUCAUGAAUCGAAAUCGUAACGCGCGCCCGUGUGUUUGAUUGUGUUUGUGUUGUUGUUUUUGUUGCUGUUCUGUGUUUGUUUUUUUUUUAUAUUUUGUAUCUGCAACUGGCCUGCAACUGUAUCUGUAUCUACGUACUCUUCGUUACGAUCGAUUGUCAAGUUUUAUUUAUGGAAGAAGCGAGCGUUGAACGCGUGACGUGAGGCAUAAAGAGAAAAUAAUUCCAAAAUUUCUUUGUGCGGUUGGAAGUGAAUAAAUCUCAAUGGUGGGCGGAUAUACGAAAGUGAUUUCCAGUUUUCUUCCAUUCCAAAUCCCUUUGUACUCCCCCCUGUCCCCCAGUCCCGUUGCCGAGCUGAGCUUUAGAAAAACAUGUCUGAGACGAUUGACAACAACGAACAACGGAACAACCAAACAAUUGGCUAUCUAAACGAAGCCAACGAGGUCAACGAAGAUAUUGCCAAAAGUAAAGUAAUAACGGAUUAUAUAGACGACGAGUCUUUGAAGAUUGUGGAAGCCUUUGAAGAAACACAGACGGAGAAUUCAAGUGAACCCCAAGAGAAGACUCUCUUGCAGGAAAAGGACGUGAUAAAAACGAAAAAGAGUGUUACAUUUAAUCCAAAUGAUGAGAAGAUUCGUAAGUUUACAACUGGAGAGCCGAUCGUUGAUCAAAAGAAUCCCUUUAAGAAUGGACAUGUAGGUGGCAAGGAUAAGAAGACGCCACCUCCGGUGCCCACAAAGCGUUCCACAUUGAGUGUACGUAAAACGGUUACCCAACAGUUGCGAGAACGUGAACGCGAAAAGGAGAAAGAACGGGAAAAAGAAGAGAAGCUCAAGGAUAAAGAGCGGGAACAGCAGAAGAACGAGGUGAAUACACGAAAGAAGAAUGCCAGUAAAGUGAAUCUUGGUGCUGAUGACUAUAUAACCACUGAAGAAGUACUUAAACAAUCGAAAUAUGUGAAGACAUAUAUUAAGAAUCCCGAUCCCUAUUUUGUAUACGAUCCCACGGUGCUCGCUCGCCUCAAGUUUGAGGAAUUACGUGACAUUGCCGGCAAAAUACCCAAGAGAAAACAACAACAACAGCAACAACAACAGCAACAAACUUUAAGCUCGCUGUCGACAAAAGAAUUGAAAACGCAUGCGAAGAUUGCGAAGAAUCAAGAGGCUAACAAACCCAAGACAUUAACAUUUAAAAAGUGCUCGAAACCAAAUUAUCCGGAAUUGGCAAAUCUGAAGAUUAGAACCGGCACCGACUCCAACGGUGAUUACUUCAAUCCCGCCGAGGUGACCAAAAAUGCCAAAAAGUUCGAUGAACGGGUGAAAAAGCUGCAAAUCAGCUCCGACGACGAUUUAGAUGAGAUUGACGGACCGCUGACGAAAAGCGAGUCCAGCGACGAACUGAAUCAACCCAGUCCCGACGAUCUUCAAGCAAUGCCGAACUCCGAGCAACAAUUGCCCGGGGAUCCAUCAAUGGGCACAUUUACCAACACCAUUAGCUCCGAUGAGUUUCAGGCGUAUUUGGAGCGCAAGGGACUUGCAUUGAUGCCCAAAAGGGAUGUCAAUAGUCCGACUUCAAUGACCACAACGACGACGACGACCACGGCCACGCCCACGCCCACACCGACACGUUCCAGUGGCUAUCAAACGGCCGAGGAGCGUCGUCAACAGGUGGCCGAAUCUCUGGCAGCCUUGCGCAAAAGCAACACCAAGAAGCUCUCGGUGCUGCAGCGUCUCUCCAACAGCUUGUUUGCCACACGCCGCAAGACGACGCCCAAGGGUGCAAUCCCCAUGCCCCGGACAGUCUACGGCGAUGGCGUGGGAGAUGAGCACAGGAAAUACAAUACGACCGCAGAGAUGCGACGCAUUCUGCUCGAAAGUCAGCCAAAUGGACGACCAUUAAAGUCAGCCAGCUUGGAGACGAAUGGCACCUUGCGUGGCAAUGCAAGAUCCUUGAAUCCGGCGGACAACAACACGGAGAAUGCGACGCCGUUUCAACGGAGCAUCGAACGUCAGAGUCUCAUACCAAGACGCGUCUCGCCCGAGGGUCAAUUGAGUCGUUUCAAUCGCUCCGCCUCCAUGGAUCGCCAACAAAUCAAAUUGAACAGUCAACGACCGCAGCCGAGUCGGCUGGAGAGCGUUGGACAACGUCGUUCCCUGGCAUCCUCGUGCCUGACCAGCGAUGAGCGGAUUAAUUAUCCCAUUGCCACAUCGACGCCGGUGAGAAAAGCGCUCGAGGCGCAAAAUCAAAAUCCACAGAAGAUGAUGAUGAUGACAAAUGGUGUGAAUAAUCAUCAUCAAAAUGAAUGGGAGCAACUGCGGGCCAUCAAAGAGGUGACCGAUAGACAGCUGUACCACAAGGUGUUGCAACAGCAGCAGGGACAGGGGCAGCAGCAGGGGCAGGCACAGUUGCAACUGGUGCCACAGAGCGAGGAGAACAUUUAUGAGCAUCUGCAGCCGAAUCAGUUGGUGACUCCGUACUUUGUGCGCGGUUCCUUGCAGCGCAAUACAUUCUCCGGCAUCAGUGGACGCAAUCGUCAGGUGAUGAUACUCGAUGGUAAUGCCGUGAAGCAGCCACAAGCGGUGGCACAGCCGUUGCCACAGCAGCCACCGCCGCGUUGCCAGAGCGUGCUGGAUGAGCUCAUCACGACGCCCAAUAAACAGGCGACAAUCCGUCGUGGCUACGAGAGCGAGAAUGAAACGCCGGUGAUACUGAGACGCAAGGAAUCAUCAGCAUCGGCAUCAGCAUCAUCAUCAGCUCGUCGCAUUGGCGGUCUGUUGACACGCGAUGAGAUACUGGAGAAGGUCAAGGAGUUUUGUCGUAAAUCCAUCAAUCGCACACCGUUGCCAGCUGCCAGCAAGAUGCAGCCCAUCUACGAGCGGCACAAUGGCACAAACGGCAACGGCAACGGCAACGGCAACGGAAAUGGCAACAUUAUCUGUGCCGACAUCUCACCCGUUUCGUAUGCCUCCGUGGAGACGAAUCAUAAGCGACCUGCCUCACAGUUGAGCCAGGCCAGGCCGCAGGUUCCAUUGCGUGUCCAGAGCUUGCCACGUUCGAGCUUUGCGCCCAUAGGUGGCGCUCCCAACAACGUGUCGCCCAUUUAUGCGCAUGUCAACAAACGCAACAGUCUCAUGUCCAAUGAUUCCGAGCAGUAUUUGUCCAGCCAACAGUUGCCACAGUUGCCACAGCGUGCCACAGUGCCUGAUCAAUAUGUGCUCAUCCAGACGGAGGAUGGUGCUCUGCAGGCGGCCAAGCUUGUGGAUUACCACAACAACAGCAGUCUGUACAUGCAACCGCAGUUGCUGCGCGCGCCACAAGGAUAUGUGCGCAUGGAGGAGCUAGCAAUGGCCCAGCAGCAGCAGCAACAACAACAGCAACAACUGCAGCAGCAGCAACAACAACAACAGCAACUGCUAUUGCAACAGCAAAUGCAACUGCAACACGGACGUGCCACGCCUUUGAUACUGGAUCGCUCCACACAGCAUGCCAGUCAAAUCUACUGGACGCCACAACAUCAACGUCUGCAUCAAUUGAGUCUGCCCAAAAGUCCCAGCAGACGUGCCGCUGAGCGUAUGCAUCCAGUUCCGGCGCCAAGAUUGCUGCACACAACCACCCACAACUAUGUCAUGGCCAAUGGACAGCCCUAUGCCACUGUUGUCGCUCCUGCCCCGCGGAGUCUCUUGCAACAGCAACAACAGCAACAGCAACACAACAAUCGACAGCAAUUGGUGCGCAACACAUCCGAUUGGGAUUGCAGCUCCGAGGCGGGCGAGGUGCGACGUAUUAUGGAGAAAUCCUUCUAAGG